AUGAACGGUGAGCUAAUGAGUAUCUGCGUGCCUGUGAUCUCUGGCGAUUUUUAUGGCUUCACCGGACUCCCAAUGUUUCCUUCCUCCACUGAUCCCGAAUAUCUCGUCGCCUUGGUUAAGGACAUUCGACUCACUGGCGUGUCUGAGUGCUCAAAGCUACGGGCUAUCACGACGUGGUUCGAAGCUGCAAACCCAGAGGACAAUGCUAACGCCUUCAAAGAUCUUGUCGGAGCUGUGGAACUCGGAAGAAUUUCCUCACACAAUUUUGUCGACAUUUGCACAUCGAAGUGCGUAAUGAAUCUGCCGGUGGAAUCCAAGAACUACCUCGUUAAUGCGUGGAAGCUAGCAACGAAAUCGAACGUUCCACGAAAGAUCGCGUCUUCCAUGAAACCUGCUGCUGGCGGCGAAGUCCUUAAUGACUACAUUAUUGCUUAUGACUUACCGAGUGACAAUUCAGCAUAUCUGUCAAGUUCAAAUUUUCUGAAAUUUCAGCCGCAUGUUAAUCUUAACUUCAAGUUGAAAGCACGUCGAAAUUGUGUGCUUCUGUCUAAGUGGGGUUGCAUUUUUUUAAUCGGUGGCGAGGAUAACGAUGGCCGACCGAGCAACAUGGCUAACUUGGUGGAAAUCCGUGAUGGUCGAGUCUCCGAGUUGCCGUCGAUGGCCUCUCCACGGCUGAGGCAUUGUGCUGCCAUCCUUGGUGGAAAGCUCCUCGUGUUUGGCGGACGUGCAAAUGGAUCUGAUUUGCGUUCUUGCGGUGGUGGCGACCUGCUGGAGUUUUCGCCGGAGACAGAAGUGGACGAUUCAGCACUGGAGGAAUUUUCAUGGAAGCCACUUCUCAGGAUCGCGGGCUUGACUUGUCCACGCCUCCUGCACAUGCAAGGUUGUAUGUUAAUUGUGAAGGACGAAUAG